AUGAGAGCGAAGUGGAGAAAGAAGCGCGUGAGACGCCUUAAGCGCAAGAGAAGAAAGAUGAGAGCGAGAUCCAAAUAA